AUUCGACGGGAAAUAAGGACGCCAGAGGGAUUUGAGGGUCCUGGGGCACUUCAUGGCUUCUUGUUUAGUGUCUCCUAGCGUCGACCCUUUCUGCACUAAGCUUUAGGCACACUUUCGCCUAGUAUUUCCAGAUUGGAAUACUCCGUAGCUAUGGGACUUGGAUUGUGCCUCGUUGACCCCUGCGGCUGAAGAUGUCCAGUGAAAGCACGGGGAAGGGUCAUAGCCGUCGCUUGACCCUAAUUCAAGAGCCGCUUGAGCGCCCAGGUUCCAAUUCUCACGAUGAUUUUUUUUGAAUCUUCUCUGCCCAUUGCUCACCUUGCGUAUGUUCUGCAUGGAUUUUGCAAGAUGCGGAACCUUCUUUAUGUUUUGGGUUGCCUUUUCUACCUUGACCUAACGAAGGCCCAGCUUUCGACCCUACCAACCUGUGCACGAACAUGCUACACCAGUACUGUGAGCUCUACAGAUUGCUCUUCAACUGACUACUCGUGCCUUUGUUUAAGUUCCACUUUUCAAAAAAGUUAUACUUGCUGUGUUCGAUCGGAGUGCGAUGCUAUAGAUGACGACACCAUCGAAAGUGAGGCUUUCGUGCUUUGCGUGGAAUACGGAAUCUCCAUUACAUCUUUGCCAGCCAGCGCAUGUUCCAGUAGCACAAGCACUGCCACAGGGACAAACACGGCCAACCAGGCCAGCACCACGACUAAUAGCUAUACCGACUCUUCAGAUUCCUCUUCGGACUUACUGGACAAUGCAUUGGAGAGUAGCAAAAAGCGAAAGUCAAGAUUGAGCACCGGGGGCAAGGCAGGUAUUGGCGUCGGUGUAGGAUCUGCCGCUGUUAUUAUUCUUGGGGCAAUCGCUUGGUUCAUCAAGAGACAGCGACGAAAGAAGGCGCCAGGGCCGAGUUAUGAAACGGCCAUUCAACCCCAAGCGGACGCUGCCCCGGAAAAACCGUACAUGUCGGAGACAGUGUCGCCGGCUCCUCCAAGCGAAAUGCAGCCGAAUGGCCAGCCUGUAUACCAGCCGGAUUUGAGUACUCCGGUUGACGUGUAUCAAAAACCUUUUGGUCCAUACGAACCAACCACAGGCAGUACCACCGAGCAGCACGCGAACUCUCAGAGUGUGUAUCCACCAACAAUAAACACUGCGAGCGAUCUGCAACCGAACCCUCAGGGCGUAUAUCAGCCAACAAUGAGUCCUCCGAGUGCAUAUCAACCGGCGGCGACCAGCGCAGCCGAACUACAUUCGAAUUCACAGGGGGUAUACCCGCCACCAACGGGCACUCCUUCGGAACUGCCAUGCAAUGCACCUUACUCCCAGCAACAACCGGGUUACAGUCAGCAUGAGUUGCCGGGUAAUUCGCACCAAACACGUUACGAGUUGCAGUAGAGAAUCCUAGCGGUAACGGGGCCCUUUGUACGGAAGGAGGUACAUAAUAUAGCCAUAUGACAACUGAGACAGGCUUUGUUUCUUGACUUACAUCUUCGUCCUCCUACGCCCAUAAAACCACACUCGCUCCGAGAGUUAACUGCAGUUAACGAGGGAUGCCUUCAUAAUUGGUAUCUCGCGCCGCUGCUGGGCAUAACUGCAACUUUUGGCUCCACUGGAUACGAAGAGGAUUUUGUGGCGCCUGUUAAGCAGACUCUGCAGGCCGAGUGCGAUAAUUGCCAGGAACUAUUGGUUCGGAAAAGCCAGAGUCAGGCCGCCGUCAACGCUUAGCGUAGGGGGCUGUGGAAUAAACCCAUUUAGCAUGGAAAAAGAGACGAU